CUUUUUCCUCUCCGCUCGCCUCUUCAACUUCUACAAACCCUAAUAAUCCUAGCGAGACUUCAGACAAUCAAAGAACAAACCCAUAAUGGCUGAAGGCCUUGUUCUUCGUGGGACUAUGCGUGCCCAUACCGAUAUGGUCACCGCCAUCGCCAUCCCCAUCGACAAUUCCGACAUGAUUGUCACCGCCUCACGUGACAAGUCCAUCAUACUGUGGCACCUCACUAAGGAGGAGAAAACAUACGGUGUACCACGUCGUCGUUUGACUGGACAUUCACACUUCGUUCAGGACGUUGUUCUUUCAUCCGACGGACAGUUCGCUCUCUCCGGCUCCUGGGACGGCGAGCUCCGUCUGUGGGACCUUGCUACCGGUGUCUCCGCCCGCCGUUUCGUUGGCCACACCAAGGAUGUUCUUUCCGUCGCGUUCUCUAUUGACAAUCGUCAGAUCGUUUCGGCUUCACGUGACCGCACGAUCAAGCUGUGGAACACUCUUGGCGAAUGCAAGUACACCAUUCAAGACGGCGACGCUCACACAGAGUGGGUUUCAUGUGUUAGAUUCAGUCCUAAUACUGUCCAGCCGACGAUCGUUUCAGCGUCGUGGGACAGGACUGUGAAGGUAUGGAACUUGAGCAACUGCAAGCUGAGGUCUACCCUGUCAGGGCACACCGGGUAUGUGAAUACAGUAGCUGUGUCACCUGAUGGUUCUUUGUGCGCUAGUGGGGGGAAAGAUGGAGUGAUAUUAUUGUGGGAUUUGGCAGAGGGAAAGAGAUUGUACUCAUUGGAUGCGGGGGCUGUGAUUCACGCUUUGUGUUUCAGUCCAAACAGGUACUGGUUGUGUGCUGCAACUGAGCAGAGUAUUAAGAUCUGGGAUCUUGAGAGUAAGAGCAUUGUGGAGGAUCUUAAGGUUGAUUUGAAGACCGAGGCUGAGAAAAGUGAGGGCACAACUGCCACCACCACCAUUAAAAAGAAGAACAUCUACUGCACAAGCUUGAACUGGAGUGCAGAUGGAAGCACCUUGUUUAGUGGAUAUACCGACGGUGUUAUCAGAGUGUGGGGAAUUGGGCGUUUCUAGUAAGAAGACUGGGAAUGGUCUAGUUGCGCUACUCUGUAGGCAGUUUCGAGCACCUAAUUUAGAUUUUGCUCAAAAUGUUGGAAGGAUAUUUUGGCUUUUCAUUUUAUUUGGAUGUUGUAGGCUUUGAGGCCUAUCCUGUUUCGGUUUGGUUUGGUUAUUAUCCAGAUAUUACAUUUAUUUUCUCAACUAUCAAAUUAUAGUUUCAACCAAAACUCAGUUAUGGAUAUAUGAUAUAAUCUUUUUAUAUCUUA